AUGAGGGGCGAUCCCGCUAUCAAGGUAGAUACAAAGCUUAUGGACCUGAGCUGUACUUUACUGACUGAAGGCGGUCAGAAUUUCAUCCCCAAACUGAGGGACCACGUUCUUUAUAGGCUUCGCAGGUUGGACAUCAGUUACUGCGACCACACCUUUACGGAUGAGGAACGAAAUGUGGUGAUCAUUCCCAACAACACCAUCUAUUCAGUUCAGACUAUGCAAAUAUGCUACACUACUUAUGACUUAAGGCGCGAAUAUGAUAGCAUUAACCCCCGAACUCAUGGCGAUGUUAUGGUGCUUUCAGGCGAGUCAAUGCCCAGCCACCCAUACUGGUAUGCGAGAGUGUUAGGUAUUUAUCACACGGAGGUAUGGCUCACUGGCAAUGGUGGGAGCAAGCCUUCGAAACAGCGCCUUGAGGUUCUGUGGGUCCGAUGGCUGGCAGUGCUUCAGGGCUAUAGAUCUGGCACCAGGCAUGCCCGUCUUCCAAAGAUUGCUUUUGUGGAGGAGUCUGAUCCGGAUGUGUUUGGAUUCCUUGACCCAGGACAAGUAGUUCGAGGAGCUCACCUGCUUCCCACAUUUGCCUCUGGACGUGGCAUAAGCUCGCUUCGGCAAGGAAAAUCAUUAGCGCACCCUGGGGAACAGCUAGACGACUGGGAGGAGUACUAUGUUGGAAUAUUUGUCAAUAGAGACAUGUUCAUGCAAUAUACGCACUUGGGUGUUGGCCAUUCAAUUGCUUUGCGCAGAAUAGCCAGGGACUGCUUUGGCUCUCAGUCAGCAACACAGUCUGACACCAUGGAUAUUGUGAAUGACGAGGAUGCGCACGGUGAAGACGGCGCUGAUGGCAAUGACGGCAAUGGCGAGGGGUUUGAAGAGUUCGAUGAGGAAGGGGAGGAUAGCGAUGAAGGCAAAGAACUUGUGGGACUUCAGAAGCAAGGCCCAGACAAGGACAUGGCACAGUGUAAGAGGAAAUGGCAAGCAUUGAAACAAAUCUACAAUGCCAUCGAGAGAUAUCGCAACAAUCGAUUGGGCUGUCAUUGGGACAAUGUUAACGGUGCCAAUAUUCAGGGGGAAGCAGCAGAACUCCAGUGGAACCAAUUUAUUACCGCUAACAAUUCCAACAAGAGAUUCUCCCAAACAGGAGUGGUGCUCAGGGGGGCAGCCACCUACAAUCCAGCUUCCUUGGCUGCAGAGGCAUCGGCAGCUAUUCCUGUCAAUUCCGAGGCCGGUGGAUCCUCCUUAUCUGUACAAGCAUCAGAUGGUCCUAUUGCUGAAGCCAGUGGAUCUGGACUUGAAGUCGCUGCUGUGCCACAAGCUGGAUGGGACCAGAUCGAGUCAGCCCUCCCAUCCGUCACUCCUGGAGUUGCUAGAAGUUCUAUGAACAUCCCUCCUCCCUCCUCUUCUAUUGCGCCCUCUAGUAUGGGCAAACGCUCGCAUUCCGACAUGAUUAUGUCCCCCAGCACCGCCCAAACUACAAUGUCACUUGUAGAUUCAUCCCACGCCUCCAAUGUCGACAAAAAGCCGAAGUUGUUGACACACGGUAAAAGUCAAGCCGCCCGCAGUCGCAAAGGCUCUAGGGCUGCCAAAGACACUGCCAGCACUGCCGUCUUCAUGAACCUGCAAGGUUCCAUCAAUAGCCUGACGGACAGCCUUCGCAAAUCAGCAUCCAACACCGACCAAAACAAAACUCGGGUGUUGGAUGAAAGGCUAGAGGCUGUGCUUGCCAUGCAGGAGGAGGAACUCAUUUCAGAAGAUGAGUCCGUUACCCUCAUGAACAUGUUCGCAAGGAGCCCAGCAGUAUGCUCCAUCUACUUGGCUGCCAAGCCUGAAAGACAGAUCCCCUACUUGCAAUCUGUUCUUGACCAGGCUGCCAGGGGGGAAUUUGGUGUGUUUUAA